CGGUAAAACACUUUUCCCGCCGGUUUAUUAUAGUGCGCGAUUCACGUCCGAAUCAACAUCCUCCGAGUUUUAGGAUUUGUUUAUAAUUAAACAUGGUUGAAUCGAAAGAAACCGAGGCUAUGGAAGUCGACGCCGAGCCGUCUACGAGUGGAACAGCUGAGGUCGCCAAGAAAGCAGUGAAAACUUCGAAUGUUCCAUGGAUAGAGAAGUAUCGACCACAAGUGUUCACUGACAUUGUUGGAAAUGAGGAUACGGUUGAAAGAUUGUCCAUAUUUGCACAGCAUGGAAAUGCACCGAAUCUUAUUAUCGCUGGCCCACCUGGAGUGGGUAAGACAACUACGAUACUGUGCUUUGCCAGGAUUCUCCUGGGCCCUUCGUUCAAGGAUGCCGUCUUGGAGCUGAAUGCUUCCAAUGAAAGAGGAAUAGACGUUGUUAGGAACAAAAUCAAAAUGUUUGCUCAAAAGAAGGUAAAUCUAGCUCCUGGAAAGCACAAAAUCAUUAUACUUGAUGAAGCAGACAGUAUGACGGAUGGUGCUCAGCAAGCUUUGCGUCGUACAAUGGAGAUCUACAGUAGUACAACAAGGUUCGCACUAGCUUGUAAUAACAGUGAGAAGAUUAUUGAGCCCAUACAGUCCCGAUGUGCCAUGAUUCGAUAUGGAAAACUGUCAGAUGCCCAAGUUCUUGCUAAAGUAAUAGAUGUGUGCCAAAAAGAAAAUGUUUCUUAUACAGAUGAUGGUUUGGAAGCAAUUGUAUUCACAGCCCAAGGUGAUAUGCGUCAGGCACUUAACAAUUUGCAGUCAACGGUCAAUGGUUUUAACCAUGUGAAUGGCAAAAAUGUCUUUAAAGUGUGUGAUGAACCUCAUCCAUUACUGGUUAAAAACAUGCUUGAAAUUUGUACUCAAGGAGAAAUUUCCAAAGCAUAUGAAAUACUCAAGCACUUGUGGCAUAUGGGAUAUUCUCCUGAGGACUUGAUUAGUACCAUAUUCAGAGUUGCUAAAAAUUUGACCAUCGAUGAGUAUUUGAAGCUUGAAUUUAUUAAAGAAAUCGGACUUACGCACAUGGGAAUCGUAAACGGAGUCAGUAGUCUUCUACAGUUGAACAGUCUUAUUGCUAGAUUAUGUCGCGUAUCCUACAAAAAAGCUGGUUAGGAUUAAUUGGACACAGAUUCUGAUCGAAAAUUAUUUUAUUGAGAUCCAUGUUAAAUACACGAUUUUUCAUCAUUUUAUAUUACACUAAAAAUGAUAUGUAAUAAGAGCCGUUCGAUAUGACAGCAUUGCGUUAUUUUUGUAAAAUAUAUACUAUUUAUAAUUUUUUUAAAGGGAGCUUAAUUUUUAUUACAGCAACCCUUGGAAGUCUGAGUAAAA